CUAGGGGAGGCGUGUAUUUGAGAAAAAUCAGUCGACCACGACCACAGCGUGUGACUCUUCCAUUCGUGUUUUUGGCUCUGGUUUAUCAAAUUAGUAGCACACUGCCUCGUUUUCAAUUCUGUGGGUUUCAUGAACCGGGAAGAGAGAAAACGCAAGUUCAAUGAGGCCAUCGUUAACACGCUCUUUCCACCUCCGCCUCAAUAUGAGUCUCCUCCAUUCCAUCCAGAAGAACAAGAGUCAAAUCCUGUGCAGGCUUCGAUCCAAGGGUCUGGUUCUGAUGCUAUUCCAGAUGCUUUGGAUGGCUAUGAGAGUGCCUCUGCAAGCGGCGACGAAGUACAGGAAUCUGAGUCGCAAAAGCUGACCAGGGCUCAGCGGAAGAAAAUCCGUAAGAAGAAGCUGAAGGAAGAAGCCAUCCGUCGCGGAAAAUUAAUCGGGCCGUUGUUACCCACCAACGGCGACUUGGAUGCCCAUGAAGGUGCGAAUCACCCUCCAGGUGUUCGAUCAAAUGCCUCUGAGAGCCAGGAAUAUUGUGGUGCAGACGAGCCAGGUCCUCCAACCUCGAAGAAAGUAAAUCAGCGACGGAAAGCAAAACGAAUGGCGAAGGGAAAGCAAAACUCCUCUAAUUCUGAAAAUCCCAAUCAACACCCCACUUCAAAUCCUUCUGUUGAUCUCAAAGAUGACCAUUAGCUUCUGAUUUGGAACGAUGGUGACGUUUCUGUUGAAUUAAUUUGCAGUAGUAAACGAGAAGUACAUGACCAUUGUAGUAUUAAUUAUCAGAGACUUGUUAGCUUAUACGUGGUCUAAAUUCGCGGGGUGAAUUCUUCACCGUUGCAUUACUACCAA